AUGAUGCUCCGAACUCGCCACGCCGCUCGCGCCCUCAAGGCCGUCUCAAGAGCGAGCGCUCCCCGUACCCUCACCACCUCCUCCGCCGUCGCCGCCAUCCAGGCCACCAAGAAGGUUCCUUCCGGCGUGAGAACCCAGGCUACCUCUGCCACCUCGCCCGCUCCUGAGGUCCGAGACACGCCCGCACCCGCCUUCAACGCCGACAAGAGCCAUGUCCAACCUCUCCAGCGCUCUGCCGGCCCGGAGAUGGACGAGUCGUUCAUCGGCAAGACUGGAGGAGAAAUCUUCCACGAGAUGAUGUUGAGACAGGGCGUGAAGCACAUUUUUGGAUACCCCGGAGGUGCCAUUCUCCCGGUUUUCGACGCCAUCUACAACUCAAAACACUUCGACUUCAUUCUUCCCAAGCACGAGCAGGGCGCCGGCCAUAUGGCUGAGGGCUACGCCCGCGCCUCGGGCAAGUGCGGUGUCGUUCUCGUCACCUCCGGCCCCGGCGCGACCAACGUCAUUACCCCCAUGCAGGAUGCCCUCUCGGACGGUACCCCCAUGGUCGUCUUCUGCGGUCAGGUCGUUACCUCCGCCAUUGGCAGUGAUGCUUUCCAGGAGGCCGAUGUCACCGGUAUUUCCCGUGCCUGCACAAAGUGGAACGUCAUGGUCAAGAACAUUGCCGAACUCCCCCGCCGUAUUAACGAAGCUUUCGAGAUCGCCACCAGCGGCCGCCCCGGUCCCGUCUUGGUCGAUCUUCCCAAGGACGUCACCGCCGGUGUCCUGAGGAGAGCUAUCCCCACCGAAACCUCCCUGCCGUCUCUCCCAAGCGCCGCCUCAAGAGCCGCCAUGGCCCUGCUCCAGAAGCAGCUUGAGCAGUCCAUCAAGCGCGUUGCUGACCUCGUCAACAUCGCCAAGAAGCCCAUCAUCUACGCCGGUCAGGGUAUUGCCCAGUCUGAGGGUGGCCCCGAGAUCCUCAAGGAGCUUGCCGACAAGUUCUCCAUCCCCGUCACCACCACCCUUCACGGCCUCGGCUCCUUCGACGAGCUUGACGAGAAGUCCCUUCACAUGCUCGGUAUGCACGGUUCCGCCUAUGCCAACAUGGCCAUCCAGCAGGCCGAUCUCAUCAUCGCCCUCGGUGCCCGUUUCGACGACCGUGUCACCCUCAACGUCGCCAAGUUUGCGCCUGGCGCCAAGGCUGCCGCUGCCGAGGGCCGCGGUGGUAUCGUCCACUUCGAGAUCAUGCCCAAGAACAUCAACAAGGUUGUCCAGGCCACCGAGGCUGUCGAGGGUGACGUCGCCACCAACCUUCGCACUCUGAUCCCCUACCUGAAGCCCAAGACGAUGGAGGACCGCAGGGAAUGGUUCGACAAGAUCAGGGAGUGGAAGGCAAAGUGGCCCAUGUCCGACUACGAGAAGGCCGAGCGCUCUGGUCUCAUUAAGCCCCAGACUCUCAUUGAGGAGCUCAGCAACCUGACCGCCGACCGCAAGGAGACGACCAUCAUCGCCACUGGUGUCGGUCAGCACCAGAUGUGGACCGCUCAGCACUUCCGCUGGAGACACCCCAGAACCAUGGUCACCUCUGGUGGCCUGGGUACCAUGGGAUACGGUCUUCCCGCCGCCAUUGGUGCCAAGGUCGCCAAGCCCGACGCUCUCGUUAUCGACAUUGACGGCGACGCCUCCUUCAACAUGACCCUCACCGAGCUUUCCACCGCUGCGCAGUUCAACAUUGGCGUCAAGGUCAUUGUUCUGAACAACGAGGAGCAGGGUAUGGUUACGCAAUGGCAGAACCUCUUCUACGAGGACCGUUACGCCCACACCCACCAGCAGAACCCCGACUUCAUGAAGCUGGCCGAUGCCAUGGGUGUUCAGCACCGUAGAGUGAGCAAGCCUGAUGAGGUUGUCGAUGCUCUUAAGUGGCUCAUUAACUCCGACGGUCCCGCCUUCCUUGAGGUCGUCACCGACAAGAAGGUGCCUGUCCUGCCCAUGGUGCCCUCUGGAUCAGCUCUCCACGAGUUCCUGACAUGGGACGGAGAAAAGGAUAAGAAGCGCCGCGAGCUGAUGCGCGAGAGAACGCGUGGUCUCCACGGCUAA